AUGUUGUUAGACAAAGGGGCAGAUUGUAAUGAGUGUGACAGUUAUCAUCAGUCACUUGUAAUGAAUGCUAGUCGAGAUGGUAACAAAGAAAUAGUAAAGAUGUUGUUAGAUAGAUACGCGAACUUUAAUAAAUGUGACAUCUUAGGCAAGUCACCUGUUAUGAUGGCCUGCAUACAUGGUCAUACAGAUAUAUUAAAGAUGUUGUUAGACAAAGGAGCGGAUUAUAACAGAUGUGACACUUUUGAUGAGUCGCCUGUCAUCAUGGCUUGUAUACAUGGAAAUACAGAAAUAGUACGGAUGCUGUUAGAUAAAGGAGUAAAAUGCAAUAAAGUUGACAAGUAUGGUCAGUCACUUGUCAUGAAUGCUUGUAUUCAUGGUCAUACAGAUAUAGUAAGCAUGUUAUUAAACAGAGGAGCAGAUUUUACUAAAUUUGACAGGAAUGGUCGUUCACUUGUAAUGGCUUGUAUUUAUGGUUAUACAGAAAUGGAAAGGAUGUUAGACAAGGAGGCAGCUUAUGAUAAUACUUAUGAUAAAUGUGGCAACCAGUAUAGGUCACUAGUGAUGACAGCGUGUCAACAAGGCCAUGUAGAAAUAGUAAAAAUGUUAAUACACAAAGGAGUAAAUUAUAACAGAUUUGAUAAUCAUGGUCAGUCACCUUUGAUGAUGUCUUGUGAACAUGGUAAAACAGAAAUAGUAAAGAUUGUGUUAGACAACGGGGCAGAUUAUGAUAAAUGUAAUAAAGUGGGUCACACACCUUUGAGUGUUGCGUGUAUACAUGGUCAUACCGAAAUAGUGCGGUUGUUAUUAAACAAAGGAGCAUGUUAUGAUAAAUGUGACAAUAAUCGAAAGUCAACUGUUAUGAUGUCUCGUAGACAUGGUCCCACAGAAAUAAUUAGGAAGUUGUUCUUCGGUAAAAGAGCAAAAGUACUAGAAAAAUUGUUAGACACAAGCACGGAUAAAAGUGACGAUGGUUGUCAAUCACCUGUACUGAUUGCUUGUAGAUAUGGCCAUACUGAAAUAGUUCAAAUGUUAUUAGACAAAGGAGCAGAUUAUAGCAUAUAUGACAAUGAUAGUUGGUCACCUCUAAUGAUUGCUUGUAAACAUGGCCAUACUGAAAUAGUAAGGAUGUUGUUAGAAAAGGGAGCAUAUUAUGAUAGACGUUAUAACGAUGAUUUGUCACUUGAAAAGAUUGCUUUAGACAAUGGGCAUGCAAAUAUUGCAAAGAUGGUAUUAGAUAUGUUUUAA